AUGAGCGCCACAUCUCCCAAGGCUGGUCUGGCAAUGGCACAUUCGGACAGACGCGAGGACAUCGAUGAUGACGACUAUCCUUCGUCGGAGAGCGAUGCUGAGAUCGACGUCCACGCGCCGCCCGCCGAGUCGCAGCGGCUUCUGGCGGCAGACGAGGAUGCGGAUGCGACGCAAGACCGAGCCAGCCCAUCGAUACCAGCACAAGAAGCUCGAGCACACGGCCGCAAGCGACAGACACCGCUCAAGUGGACCGAGAUCAUCUGGGUCACAUGCACGCUCUCGCUCAUCGCGAUCCUGGGCUACUCGUCGCAGCUGUGCAUCAUGCUGCCGUACUACACCAAGACGCCGUCGUUCUCCCCACAAGCGCUGGCGGCGGUGCUGGUGCCGUUCAACCUGGGUCUGCUGGGCAUCUUCUACAACUACUACCUGUGCGUCACCACUGAUCCGGGCAGUGUGCCGCUUGGGUAUCAGCCCGAAUGGUCGGCGCUCGAACCCGUCCCCACCCCACACCACCCGCACGCCGAGGCUGGCGAGAUGGAACCGUCGCUGGAGCUGAAGCAGGCCAUCUAUCGGCCGCGCUACUGCAAGACAUGCUCCGCCUACAAGCCUCCGCGUUCGCACCACUGCAAGACGUGCGAGCGCUGCGUGCUGCGCAUGGACCACCACUGUCCCUGGCUGGCCAACUGUGUGGGUCACAACAACUACGCGCACUUUAUCCGCUUCCUCUUCUGCGUCGACGUGACGUGUGCGUAUCAUCUGUGCAUGGUUUCGGCGCGCGUGUUGGAUCGCUUCAACGCCUACACGUACUGGCGCGAGCCGAGCACACGCGAACUCGUCUGGCUCGUGGUCAACUAUGCGCUGUGUCUGCCCGUGCUUCUGCUCGUGGGCGUUUUUAGCGCGUACCACUUUUACUGCACCGCCAUCAACCAGACCACCAUCGAGAGCUGGGAGAAGGACCGCACAGCCACGAUGAUUCGACGCGGGAGGAUUCGCAAGAUCAAGUAUCCGUACAACCUCGGCGUGGCGCGCAAUGUGCGCGGCGUGCUUGGCGACAAUGUGCUCACAUGGUGUCUACCCGGUCAGACGGCGGGCGGAGAUGGGUUGAAGUUCCCCGACGAGGUGCACUUAUCGCCGAUGCAUAAGCAGGUGGAUGACGAGACGUAUGUCGAUCCUGACCUCGAGGCGAGCGUGUUGCAUCGACUGCGGUGGGAGAAUUGGCAUCGUCAAGCCAUGCGUCACCAUGAGGCGAGUCAGUAUCGAUGGCCACCCAAAGAUCCUGCCAAGACAAUUCACCACACCGCUGCGCAUCCGGUUGUAUACGAGCAAUCGGGGUGGUAUGGCGAACCUGCGGCGCCAGACUUGUUCCCACCCGGUGCAAGCUCCAGUUCCCCCUUCACCUACGGCGACGGAUUCAAUCCCGCCCUUCGACCUUCGAAUCGAACCUACCCCGAGAGCGAGGUCGAGUCUGAUGUCGAGUCCAGUGUCGAGUCAGACGCCGAUGAUGACCAUGCAGACCAACUGCGCCGCAGAGUAGCCGUUCGUCGCGGUUCAGAGGGCUACGAAGUGCGACCCGUCGCUCAGUGGUCCAUCUAG